UGUAAGCCGGCGCUUUAUGUGAGUUGAUGCCCAGAGGCAGGUUACGUUUAGGAGAUUAAUUUUUGAGUUAUAAAUUCUUAAAAGUAAUCUUUCAAAUUAGUGCGAUAGAAUUAAUCUAUCAUGGAAGAAUUGAUGCAGCAUUUAGGUAAAAUCAAAAUUCCAAAACAGACCGAUAAAAUAUAUAAGGAUGAAUGUGUUUAUUCGUUCGACACGCCAGAUUCACCUACAGGUUUAUAUGUUAGCCUAGCAACAUUUUUGGGGUUGGGACAAGACCAUGUUCUUCAUUACUAUCGGUUAACCCAUAAUCCUGUCUUUCUUCAUAUAAAACGUACAAAGAAGGAGAUUGUACCUGAUCAAAAAGGAGAUGGUCCUGAUAAAAAGAUAACGAGAUUAGCCAUAGGAACUUCUGGUGGAUUUACACCAGAUCAACAAAAAUAUACUUAUCACGAGGAAUAUAAAAUAGUUAUAUUGCCACAGUUUACGGAAAUUUCUUAUCCUAGGGAGGGUCUGCCAGCACAAGUGGAAUUAUCUGUAAAAUUGAUACUGGAUUCAGAUUCAGCAUUGAAAGUUGCAGAAACUGAAACUUUAUCUGGAACUUGGGAUGGUGAAAUAAAAGCUGUUACUAAACAUGCCAAGACUUUGAAGCAAUUGGAUAAUGGUAUAAAAAUUCCUCCAAGUGGUUGGAAGUGUGAGAAAUGUGAUCUCAGACAGAAUCUUUGGCUCAAUCUAACUGAUGGUUCAAUUCUUUGUGGACGUAAAUUUUACGAUGGCACUGGUGGAAAUGAUCAUGCAGUUGAACAUUAUCGUAACACGAAUUAUCCACUCGCUGUUAAAUUGGGUACCAUAACAAAGGAAGGAAAGGCAGAUGUUUUUUCGUACGAUGAAAAUGAUAUGGUAGAAGAUCCUAAUUUAAUAGAACACUUGGCCCAUUGGGGAAUUAACAUCACUCAGAUGGAAAAAACUGAUAAAUCUAUGGUCGAGUUAGAAUUAGACCUUAAUCAAAAAUUCGGAGAAUGGGUUGCUCUUCAAGAGGCUGCUAGCAAAUUAACCCCAUUGUAUGGGGCUGGUUACACUGGUCUUGCUAAUCUUGGAAACUCUUGUUAUCUAAAUAGUGUUAUGCAAAUGUUAUUUGCUAUUCCUGACUUUAUAAAAAGAUUUGUAGAUGGUGCACCGUACAUAUAUAAACAAAAUUACACCGAUCCAGCCAAUGAUUUUAAUGUUCAAAUGUCUAAACUCGGAGUUGGAUUACUUUCGGGAAGAUAUUCCGUAUCACCACUAUCAAACACAGAUGAUGACUCGCGACAAGGUAUUCCUCCAAGAAUGUUCAAAAACUUGAUUGGUCGUGGACAUCCAGGUUUUUCCUCAAAUCGGCAACAAGACGCUCAGGAAUUCUUCCUACAGCUCAUUAACAUUUUAGAUCGUAACAGCAGACAUCAGGUAAAUCCUACGCAAUGCUUUAAAUUCAAGGUCGAAGAACGUUAUCAAUGCACAAGUUCUGGUAAAGUGAAAUAUACUUAUCGUCCUGAAUACAUCUUACCAUUACCUAUACCAUUAGAAGCGGCAAUUAACAAGGAAGAAGUUGCGGCAUAUGAAGCACUGAAGAAAGAAACAGAAGCUAAUGGACAAAAAGUAAACCCAAAUGCAUUCGUGAGGCCACGUAUUAAGCUAAUGUCAUGCCUGGAAACUUUUAUACAACCGGAGAUAGUUGAACAAUUUUACAGUACUGCAUUGAACGAAAAAACAACCGCGCAGAAAACAACGAGAUUGGCCACAUUUCCUGAUUUUCUAUUGUUGCAUUUGAAAAAGUUUACUAUGAAGGAAAAUUGGAGCCCCGUUAAAUUAGAUGUAGCUAUAGAAAUGCCAGACGUAAUAGAUUUGAGCUCUUUACGUGGAUUAGGUUUACAACCUGGAGAAACUUUGUUACCGGAUAUAUCUGGUUCUGAUCCACCAUCUCCAGUCUACGAUCGUAAAAUUUUAAGUGAUCUAACAGAUAUGGGUUUUCCUCAAGAAGCUUGUAAACGAGCUUUGUACUUCACCGACAAUCGUGGUUUAGAAGCAGCUACUAAUUGGGUUAUGGAACAUAUUGGUGAUUCUGAUAUUGCGGAUCCGUUCGUGCCUCCUGGAAUUGAUGUUAAAACAGGAACUGAUAAAUUUGUACCAAAUGACAAUGCAUUGGCAACAGUAAUGAGUAUGGGUUUUACUAAAGAACAAGCAAUAAAAGCUCUCAAAGCGACUAAUAAUAAUUUAGAACGCGCAGCCGAUUGGAUAUUUAGUCAUCAAGUUGAAUUGGAUGAUGGUGAAAGCGAUGCUGGAUAUUCAGAUGAUAUAUUUCGAGAUGGAAGUACUCAAUACAAAUUAGUAGGAUUUAUAUCACAUAUGGGAACGUCAUCGAUGGUAGGACAUUACGUUUGUCAUUUGUUGAAAAAUAAUCGAUGGGUGAUAUAUAAUGAUGAUAGAGUUGCUUUAUCUGAAAAUCCACCUAAGGAGUUGGGAUACAUAUACCUCUAUCAACGUAUCGAAUAGAUUACUUGAUAUAUGACUUUGUAUAAAAAAAAAAAA